AUGGACAUACUCACACUGCUGACGUUCUUGUACGGCGCCAUCGGCGGUGCUGUGAGCUGUGUUUUCCUUUUCUUCAUCCUGUUUCGAAAGGCUGAGGCGGUUCUCUCCGACACGGUCCGCAACAUGGCGCGCAAGCACGUCGAGUUCGACGCUGUCGCCAAGGAGGCGGUGGCGGUGGCGCCCGCCAAGGUGGAGACGUUGUGUAAGGUAGUCCGCUUCGACGACGGCAUUGUCGACGAGGCCAUUCAGUGCCGCAUGGUCUUUUAUAGCGGCACUAUCGACAUCUACCAGGUGGAUAAGCUUCGCACGCUGCCGGACCAUCGCCAGGAGGUGGUCUCGGAGCACAUGCUUGGACGCAUCCACCGUGCCUGCAUCAUCGCCACCGCGCAGCGCAUUUCGAAGUAUCACCGCCACCGCAACCAGAACACGCGCUACGCUGCCAUCAAGGGCAGGUGCACUGUCCUGAACCACAAGGACGGCAUGCCCCUCUUCCUCGAAGACCCUAACACGAUCUUGAAGGAGAAACUGCAGCGAGUCGCUGAGCAGCAGAGACAGGAGGCUAUUAUAGAGUCUCUGUUCCACCGAGGUCGAUGUGACAGCAAAGCCAUGGCGAACGAGGAGUUCUCGGCGGAGAUGAAGCACAUCGAGUCCGAGACGCGCAAGGAGAGGCACAGUUACUACACCAUGGGAGCAAACGGCCGAGACAACCGGCAUGAUUUGAUGGGCAUAGACGCCGCCACAACGAUCUCCAGUGGCGCCUUCCACCAGUCAGGGUCGAUCCCGGGGUGUCGCGGUAAAGGCCUCUCGGCGGGGGCAUUGGGAGAGGUGCCGCUGUCCCAGUGGAGGUGCGUGGCGAUCAAGUUUCCCACGCGGCGUGUGCAGGAGAGGUGGCUCAACCUGCUGCAGUCAACGCCGCAGUCGACGCAGUGGCAGGACUUCAUCACGCACCUGCCUCAGAUGGAUGUCUUCAACCUCCUCAUUGCCCGUCUCUUCUUCGAGAACACACGCGCCAACACGCUCCAUGACCUUUUGGAGGAGAAGAUCAAGAAGAAGCUCGCCCGUGUGUCGAAGUCGUUACCGCCGCAACUGCGCGGCAACAUCUUCCUCGAUGGGCUUGACGUUGGAGGCGAGAUCCCGCUCAUCAGCAACGUGAGCGAUCCGGCGCCGUCAAAGUCUGGCGAUACCGAGUUCGACUUCGAUGUGCUUUACCGCGGCGGCCUUGCGCUGAAGAUUCGCUUCUCGAUCCUCUAUCGCGACAUCCGCGUGCCGGACAUCAUCUUCAGUAUCAAAGUGCUCGAGUUGGCAGGGCGCGUGCACUUUGUUGUAGGGCCGCCACCGACGCGCAAGCUCUGGCUUGGUGGGCCGCAGCCCCCCCAGCUGCGACUGGAGUUCACGCAGGAGGUGGCCUCGCAUGAUGGCAUUUUGAAUGCGGUGCUGAGGCUUCUGCCGGACAUGAGUAAAAUCGCCUCCAACAUUGUCAAGGUGAUGCUCUUCGAAGAUAUGGUGUUUCCGAACAUGGACGACUUUCCCUUGCCUGUAUUCGGCGAAGGCAGCGACGACGACGACGACUCGGCUACCGUGCACAGCGGCGUAGAGGACGUGGCGAAUGAGCGCAACACCAGUAGAACACACCUCGGAAGCUCACGGAGCGGGGACGACAACGAAGCUGAGAGGGAAAGGCAAGACAGCAGCAGCUGCACCGCCGGUGGCGCUGCCAACGAGAACAGUGGUAGCCAGAGCGGCGUGACACCGCGGAAGGGUGUCACGCCGCCGUGGGUUUCUCUUAGCUCAGCACCAGCGGUGGAGCGCAGUGCGCACUCUCAACACGUGACAUUCGAAAUGGCCUCUCCGCCACCACGGCCACCGAUUCCGCAUUCCGCCUCGACUUCUGGCAAGGCUGCACCGCGGGCACACCCCGACGGCCAUGACAUCUUUAGUAGUGGCCGCCGGAGUAGUACACAGUCCUCCCAAUCGCAGCCGCUUCGCUCCUUGCCAGGUGAAACUUCUCCACUGCCAAUGAGGACUUCGCCCACUGGGCUACCGCCGCGACCGCCGCGAGCCCCAUCAUCUGAGUUGGUGCACCGGGCUGCCCCUCAAGUCCCGAAGUCGCGGGCGCCACUGUGCAACCAGGCGUUGUUGGGGCUCGACUAG